AUGGCGGAAGCAGGCAAAGUCCACCGUGCAACGACGACAGCUCCAGUCAACAUUGCCGUGAUCAAGUAUUGGGGCAAGAGGGACACGAAUCUGAACCUCCCGGCCAACUCAUCGUUAUCGGUCACACUGUCCCAGAAGUCACUGCGCACGCUGACUACAGCCACAUGCUCCGAAUCGUACACCGGCCCAGACUCCCUGAUCCUCAAUGGCGAGGAAGAAGAAAUUCAGUCCUCAAAGCGGACACAAGCAUGUUUGAGGAAUUUACGCCAGCUGAGGGAGGAAGUCGAAGCCAAAGAUGGCUCUGCCCCUAAGCUGUCAAAAAUGCCCCUGCGGCUGGUCUCAGCAAACAACUUCCCAACCGCUGCUGGCCUGGCCUCCUCAGCUGCUGGCUUCGCAGCUCUUGUCAGAGCAAUUGCGAACUUGUACGAGCUACCACAAACGCCGCAGCAGCUGUCUCUGAUUGCACGACAAGGUUCUGGCUCGGCGUGUCGCAGUCUGAUGGGAGGCUACGUAGCUUGGAGAUCCGGAACCAAAGAAGAUGGUUCAGACAGUCUCGCAGAGGAGGUCGCACCCGUAGCGCACUGGCCGGAGAUGCGGGCUUUGAUACUGGUCGUCAGUGCAGACAAGAAAGGCGUCCCGUCCACAGCCGGCAUGCAGACAACAGUAGCGACUUCAAGUCUGGCACCAGCACGGUUCAAGGAUAUUGUGCCCGCACGCAUGGCGGAGAUCGAGAAGGCGAUACAAGACAAGGACUUCGAGACUUUUGCGAGAGUGACCAUGCAAGACUCCAACUCAUUCCACGCCAUCUGUCUGGACUCCUGGCCGCCUAUUCAGUACCUUACAGACGUCUCGCGGGCAGCUAUGAACGCAGUGGAGACAAUCAAUCGCAAGGCUGGCAAGCUCAUCGCUGCAUAUACCUUUGACGCAGGUCCAAAUGCGGUUAUUUACUACCUGGAGCCCGACUCUCGCGCGGUGGCGGGUGUAUUCAAAAAUCACCUGCCUCGAGUAGAAGGAUGGGACAAUGAAUUUGGCGCGGCUAUCCGAUCGAAUGAGAUGGGUGGUCUAGAUAGCAAGGCUGUCAUGACCUUGAAGAACGGCAUCAGCAGAGUGAUCUGCACUGCUGUUGGGGGCGGCCCCGAGUCGGUCGAGACGCAUCUCGUUGACGAGAGCGGCAAGCCCGUCGAGGGAACGUGA